UUGUAUUUUUAUUCAUAUGCCGCAGGAUUGUGUGAUGUGAGUUUUUUUUUGUUAAACCUGAGAAAUUCCAGAAAAAAAUUUUUUUCAGCCAAGACCAUUAAAAUCGGGUCCAUCGCAUCAAGCUGGAAUAAUUCGUGUAAACGCAGUUCUGGCACAAAUUCCAGAUUUUGCAAAAGUUUUUGGAUGUGGCAUCGAUUCUCCGAUGCUCAAAACAAAUCAAAAACAAUGUGUUAUACUUGGCGAAAAUGCACCAAUUAAUUGA